CUUUUUCCUUUUUUGCUCAAAUUUUUUGAUAAUCCAAGGAAACGUAAUGGGUUCGUACUCAAUAGCAAUUGCUAUAUCUCGCAUAUCACCUCUAAUUCGUUUCGUUAAACCUUAUUCCACCGGUUUUUCUUUCAUCACUUGCCCUUGCAACAGUACCCGGAGGCCAAAGAGAUUUGAUCAGCUUCGUGUGUUCUCGAUGGCAUCGGAAGCGAGGGAAUCACCAGCUAACAAUCCUGGCUUGUCAACGGUUAGGGAUGAGGCUACAAAAGGAUAUAUCAUGCAGCAGACUAUGUUUCGGAUCAAGGACCCUAAGGCUAGUCUUGACUUUUACUCACACGUGCUGGGAAUGUCAUUGCUAAAGAGGCUGGAUUUCUCUGAGAUGAAAUUUAGUUUGUACUUCCUGGGCUACGAGGAUACUACAACAGCUCCAGCCGAUCCAACAGAGAGAACGGUUUGGACCUUUGGUCGACCGGCAACGAUUGAAUUGACUCACAACUGGGGUACAGAGAGUGAUCCUGAGUUUAAAGGAUAUCACAAUGGGAACUCUGAGCCUCGUGGAUUUGGGCACAUUGGGGUUACCGUUGAUGAUGUGCACAAGGCAUGCGAGAGAUUUGAAGAAUUGGGAGUAGAGUUUGUCAAGAAACCAAACGAUGGAAAGAUGAAGAAUAUAGCUUUCAUUAAGGAUCCUGAUGGCUACUGGAUCGAGAUCUUUGAUCUCAAGACUAUCGGGACGACUACUGUAAACGCAGCUUGAGGAAGUAGUGAUUGCGCUAUUUGUGUUCUUUUGCUCAUCCACCCGAGUGUGUGCAUACAAUAAAAUAAUUUUUCUGUUUUGUCGAAUAAUCGGAACAAGAUAGUCGUUGUUUAUCAAGGUGGUCUGUUUCUUGACAUAUGUAUAAUGAGCAAAGUUGAAUAAGUCGUUAUCGUUGUUAAUAACAAACAAGUUCAUCAGUAA